AUGUUCAUAUUGAUUGUAGUCCUCUUCCUCCUCAACAUUCCACUUCUUAUGGCCAGUUACAUUGAUCCCAUGUGCUUUUGGAGAAUAAAUCUGAGUGAAGUCAAGGAUGAGUAUUUGGGGUUAACUUGUUCCUUCGUCCUUGGAGCAGUUCAGACACCUAUGGAGAAAGAUUAUUUCAACCAGGCUCUGAAUGUCCUAAAAACAACUAAAAUCCACAAAUAUGCUUUGGCAUUGGCCUUUUCAAUGGAAGAAAUCAAUAGGAAUCCUGAUAUUUUACCAAAUAUGUCUUUGAUUAUAAAACACAUUUUCGGCCACUGUGAUGGAGAAAGUGUAAACGAUUCAUUUCUUGAAAAAAAUUGUAAGCCCUUGUCUAAUUAUUUGUGUAACAAAGAGACUAUGUGCUCAUUUCUGCUUUCAGGACCUCACUGGUUUCAAACUUUUGAAUUAUCAUUACUCUUGGACAUCUUCUUAUCUCCACGUCUCCUACAGUUUGCCUAUGGACCUUUCCAAUCUACCUUAAAUGAUCAGGAACAAUUUCCUUAUCUCUAUCAGAUGGGCCCAAAAGACACAUCUCUAGCAUUGGCAAUGGUCUCCUUCAUACUUUACUUCAAGUGGAACUGGGUUGGGCUUGUCAUCUCAGAUGAUGAUCAAGGCCAUCAAUUUCUAUCAGAGUUGAGAAAAGAGAGUCAAAAGAAGGAAAUUUGCUUUGCCUUUGUGAACAUGAUGUCAGUCCAAGAAAUUUCAUUCUAUCAAAAAACUGAAAUAUAUUACAAACAAAUUGUGAUGUCAUCCACAAAUGUUAUUAUCAUUUAUGGGGAAACAUACAGUAUUAUUGAAUUCAGCUUCAGAAUUUGGGAAUCUCCUGUUAUAAAGAGAAUAUGGGUUACCACAAAACGAUGGGAUUGCCCUACAAGUAAGAGAGACUUACCCCAUGGUACAUUCUAUGGGACUCUUACUUUUCUACACCACCAUGGUGAGAUUUCUGGCUUUAAAAAUUUUGUACAAACAUGGUAUCAUCUCAGAAACACAGACUUAUAUUUAGUAAUGCCAGAGUGGAAGUACUUUAACUAUGAAUCCUCAGCAUCUAACUGUGAAAAAUUGAAGAACUAUUCAUCCAGUGCCUCAUUGGAUUGGCUAAUGGAACAGACAUUGGACAUGUCCUUUAGUGAUGUUAGUCAUAACAUAUACAAUGCUGUAUAUGCCUUGGCCCAUGCACUCCAUCAGGUGAAUCUGCAACAGGUUGAUAAUCAGGCAAUAACCAAUGAGAGAGGAGCCAGUUCUCACUGCUUGAAGAUAAACUCCUUUCUUAGAAAGACCCACUUCAUUAAUCCUCAUGGGGAGAAAGUGACUAUGAAACAGAGAGUACUACUGAAGGAAGACUAUGACAUUUUUCACUUUUGGAAUAUCUCUCAAAGCCUUGGGAUUAAGGUGAAGGUAGGAAAUUUCAGCCCAUAUUUUCCACAUGGUCAACAACUUCAUUUAUAUGGAGACAUGAUUGAGUUGGCCACAGGAAGUAGAAAGAUGCCAUCCUCUGUGUGCAGUGCAGAUUGUGGUCCUGGUUUUAGAAGAUUAUGGAAGGAAGGAAUGGCAACCUGCUGUUUUGUUUGCAGAUCCUGCCCUGAAAAUGAAAUUUCUAAUGAAACAACUGUAGUGCUUUGGGUCUUUGUGAAGCACCAUGACACUCCUAUUGUGAGGGCCAAUAAUAGAAUCCUCAGCUACCUAUUACUCAUGUCACUCAUGUUCUGUUUUCUGUGCUCCUUUUUCUUCAUUGGCCAUCCUAACAGAGCGACCUGUAUCUUACAGCAAAUCACAUUUGGAAUUGUGUUCACUGUGGCUGUUUCCACAGUUCUGGCCAAAACAAUUACUGUGGUUCUGGCUUUCAAAGUCACAGACCCAGGAAGAAAGUUGAGAAACUUCCUAGUAUCUGGGACACCCAAUUACAUUAUCCCCAUAUGUUCUCUAUUCCAAUGUAUUCUGUGUGCAAUAUGGCUAGCAGUUUCUUCUCCCUUCGUUGAUAUUGAUGAACAUUCUGAGCAUGGCUACAUCAUCAUUGUUUGCAACAAGGGCUCAGUUACUGCAUUCUACUGUGUCCUGGGAUACUUGGCCUGUCUGUCCCUUGGAAGUUUCACUGUUGCAUUCUUUGCAAGGAAUCUGCCUGACACAUUCAAUGAAGCCAAGUACUUGAGCUUCAGCAUGCUAGUGUUCUGCAGUGUUUGGGUCACCUUCCUCCCUGUCUACCAUAGCACCAAGGGCAAGGACAUGGUUGCUGUGGAGAUCUUCUCCAUCUUAGCAUCCAGUGCAGGAAUUCUUGGUUGCAUCUUUGUACCCAAGAUCUACAUCAUUUUAAUAAGACCAGACAGAAAUUCUAUCCAAAAGGUCAGGGAGAAAUCAUGUUUGAAUAAAUAA